CCCAACGGCGUGUGAGGACGCCCCUGAGACUCGGAGGACGCCGCCAUGGGUCGUUUGGAGCUGCUGUUUGUGGAGAAUUUCAAGUCUUGGCGGGGUCGCCAGGUCAUAGGCCCCUUCAAGAGGUUCACCUGUAUCAUCGGCCCCAAUGGCUCCGGAAAAUCUAAUGUAAUGGAUGCACUUAGUUUUGUAAUGGGAGAAAAAAUAGCUAAUUUAAGAGUGAAAAAUAUUCAAGAACUUAUUCAUGGAGCACAUAUUGGAAAACCUGUUUCUUCUUCUGCAAGUGUAAAAAUCGUAUAUGUGGAGGAAAGUGGAGAAGAGAAAACAUUUACAAGGAUCAUCCGAGGGGGUUGCUCAGAAUUUCAUUUUAAUGAUAAUCCUGUGAGUCGUUCUUUUUACAUCACAGAGCUGGAAAAGAUAGGAAUAAUAGUCAAAGCACAGAACUGUCUAGUUUUUCAGGGAACUGUGGAGUUGAUUUCAAUGAAAAAACCCAAAGAAAGAACCCAGUUUUUUGAGGAAAUCAGCACUUCAGGAGAGCUUGCAAGAGAAUAUGAGGAAAAAAAGAGAAAGUUACAGAAAGCUGAAGAAGAUGCACAAUUUAAUUUUAAUAAGAAAAAAAAUGUAGCUGCAGAGCGUAAACAUGCAAAAUUAGAGAAAGAAGAGGCAGAACGUUACCAGAGUCUCCUUGAAGAACUGAAAAUAAACAAGAUACAACUACAGCUUUUCCAACUGUAUCAUAAUGAGAAAAAAAUUCAUUUUCUAAACACUGAGUUAGAGCGUGUGAAUAAGGAUUUGCGUGUCACGAAAGAGUCUCUUUCUCGUCAUGAAAACAUAGUUAAAGCCAAGAAAAAGGAACAUGGAAUGUUGAGCAGACAACUACAACAAACAGAAAAAGAAUUAAAAUCUCUUGAAGCACUUUUAAAUCAGAAGAGGCCUCAAUACAUUAAAGCUAAGGAAAACACUUCUCACCACCUCAAGAAAUUAGAUGUGGCUAAGAAAUCAAUGAAGGACAGUGAAAAACAAUGUUCUAAACAGGAAGAUGAUAUAAAAGCCUUAGAGACAGAGCUGAUUGAUUUAGAUGUUGCAUGGAGAAGUUUUGAAAAGCAGAUUGAGGAAGAAGCCAUACAUAAAGGGCGAGAUAUUGAACUAGAAGCCAGUCAGCUGGAUCGUUAUAAAGAACUUAAGGAACAAGUAAGAAAGAAAGUGGCUUUAAAGACCCAACCUGAAAAACUACGGUGGGAACAGAAGGCCGAUGAAGACAGACUGGCAUUUGAAAAGAGAAGGCAUGGAGUAGUUCAGGAAAAUCUAAAACAAAUAAAAGAACAAAUAGAGGAUCAUAAAAAACGAAUAGAGAAGUUGGAGGAGUAUACAAAAACAUGCAUGAAUUGCUUGAAAGAGAAAAAAGAGCAAGAGGAAACCCUAGUGGAUGAAAUUGAAGAAACAAAAUCAAGAAUGUCUGAAGUUAAUGAAGAGCUGAAUCUUAUCAGAAGUGAAUUGCAAAAUGCUGGAAUUGAUACCCAUGAGGGAAGACGUCAACAAAAGAGAGCAGAGAUUCUGGAACACCUUAAAAGACUUUACCCAGAUUCUGUGUUUGGAAGACUACUUGACCUGUGUCAUCCUAUUCACAAGAAAUACCAGCUAGCUGUUACGAAACUUUUUGGCCGGUACAUGGUCGCCAUUGUUGUAACCUCUGAAAAGGUAGCAAAAGAUUGUAUUCGAUUUCUGAAGGAGGAAAGAGCUGAACCUGAGACGUUCCUUGCUCUAGAUUACCUUGAUAUCAAGCCAAUCAAUGAAAGACUAAGGGAGAUUAAAGGCUGUAAAAUGGUGAUUGAUGUCAUAAAGACUCAGUUUCCUCAGCUGAAGAAAGUUAUUCAGUUUGUGUGUGGAAAUGGCCUUGUCUGUGAGACUGUGGAAGAAGCAAGGCAUAUUGCAUUCGGUGGACCCGAAAGACGGAAAACAGUAGCUCUUGAUGGAACAUUAUUUUUAAAAUCUGGGGUGAUCUCUGGAGGGUCAAGUGACUUAAAAUACAAGGCUAGAUGCUGGGAUGAGAAAGAGUUAAAGAAUUUAAGAGACAGAAGAACCCAGCUAAUCCAAGAAUUAAAGAAUUUAAUGAAGGCACUUCGCAAGGAAGCCGACUUGAAACAAUUACGGACUCUAGUGCAAGGGACUCAAACUCGACUCAAGUAUUCUCAGAGCGAACUGGAAAUAAUCAAAAAGAAGCGCCUGGCCGCUUUCUUCCGGGAACAAUCUCAGCUACAAAGUGAACUGCUGAAUAUAGAGUCUCAAUGUACUAUGUUGAGUGAAGGAAUCAAAGAACGGCAAAAAAGAAUUGAAGAAUUUCAAGGAAAGAUAGAUAAGGUUGAAGAUGAUAUUUUUCAACAUUUCUGUGAAGAAAUUGGUGUAGAAAAUAUUCGUGAAUUUGAGAACAAACACAUUAAACAGCAGCAAGAAAUCGAUCAAAAAAGAUUAGAAUUUGAGAAACAGAAAACUCGGCUUAAUAUUCAACUUGAAUAUAGUCGCAGUCAUCUAAAGAAGAAACUGAAUAAGAUUAACACAUUAAAAGAAACUAUCCAGAAAGGUAGAGAAGACAUUGAUAACCUAAAGAAGAGGGAAGUGGUAAAACGGCAAAAAGAGGUUGUAAUCAUUCAAACUUCUCUGGAACAGAAACGGUUAGAGAAGCAUAACAUGUUGCUUGAUUGCAAAGUUCAAGACAUUGAAAUAGUUCUUUUGUUGGGGUCAUUGGAUGACAUCAUUGAAGUGGAGUUGGGCACUGAAGCGGAAAGUACCCAGGCAACACUUGAUAUAUACGAGAAAGAAGAAGCCAUUGAGAUAGACUACAGCUCUCUAAGGGAGGACUUGAAGGCUCUACAAACAGAUAAAGAAGUUGAGGCCCACCUUAGACUCCUGCGGCAACAGAUAGCCUCCCAGGAGGAUGUCCUGUUGAAGACAGCAGCCCCCAACCUCAGAGCCCUGGAGAACCUGAAGACGGUCAGGGACAAGUUUCAGGAGUCCGCAGACGCUUUUGAGGCCAGCAGAAAGGAAGCCAGAAUAUGUAGGCAAGAGUUUGAACAGGUGAAAAAAAGGAGAUACGAUCUUUUCAGCCAGUGUUUUGAGCACGUCUCAGUCUCAAUUGAUCAGAUCUACAAGAAGCUCUGCAGAAACCACAGUGCCCAAGCAUUUCUUAGCCCAGAGAACCCGGAAGAGCCUUACCUGGAGGGAAUUAGCUAUAACUGUGUGGCCCCAGGCAAAAGGUUCAUGCCGAUGGAUAAUCUGUCAGGGGGAGAGAAGUGUGUGGCGGCUCUGGCUCUCCUGUUCGCUGUGCACAGUUUUCGGCCUGCUCCAUUCUUUGUUUUAGAUGAAGUAGACGCAGCCCUGGACAAUACUAACAUUGGCAAAGUAUCAAGUUACAUCAAAGAGCAGGCUCAGGAACAGUUUCAGAUGAUAAUCAUCUCCCUCAAAGAGGAGUUCUAUUCCAAAGCUGAUGCACUGAUAGGCAUCUAUCCAGAGCAUGAUGACUGCAUGUUCAGCCAAGUUCUGAGCCUAGAUCUUUCUCAGUAUCCAGACACUGAAGGCAGAGAAAGCAGCAGAAGACAGCCUGAGCCCCGUUAGGACGUUAGGACGCGGAGUGCCAGUGAGUGGCUGGCAGCUGAGAGCGAGGUCAGACAGGUCAGGCCGAGCGCUGCGCGGCGCUCCCUGCGCGGUCCUGCUGCUUGAGUAACAGGCUCCCGGGGCUGCGCGGCUACUCGGCUCGUGUGCCACAUGAGAAGCCCAACCGUUACCUCCCGAAGGUGCUACCGCUCACUGUAGUCAGAGUAUUCAGUAGGCGGGGUUUCCUACACAAGUUAGCUUUAAUGAGUUUAAAAAAAAAA